AUGGCUGCGGGCUCCACAAUCUUCCUGAGGGCGCUGCUGAUCUACAAGCGGACCUUGAACCCCGCAGAGCUCCAUUGGGACCACAGCGUACCAGCGCUGCUGCCUGAGCUCAACGACAUGUACCGGCAAGGUGGCGGCGUCAACCAGGCCCCGCUCCCCAUGAUUGUCGCUAACUACAAUGCGUAUCGCCGCGACUAUCGGGCAACGGUCUGCCGGACCGCUCGCAAGUAUGAGUGCACCUGCGCGCAGUGCGAAAAACUACAGAGCGAGCGGCCGUCGGGUGACCCUCUCUUCAUAAGGUGCUCUCGCUGCCGGAGCGUCUUCUACUGCGGGCGCGAGUGUCAACGGCUCGACUGGACGGAGCAUAGGCAGGUCUGUGUUGCACCGUAAUAUAGAAAGUAGGUUGUACAGGCAUACAAACCGUAGCUAAACACGAGAAAUUGACCGGUCAGUGUAGAAAUGGAAGUGGGCGCAGCCCCACAUAGUGUGCCGCAACGUUAACGCCACGCUCAACCGAGCGUUUGACUGUAGAUACUUCGAGUUUGGCAGCCACCUUUGUCUUAGAACCUCCAUAUGGCCGUUAUGUCGCUGUUACUGUUGAAGUACAACUCGGUCACAAAAGCUGUUGGUUGAUGUUUCACUUGUGAAGUUUCACAGACACGCACUUAUUACUUUCUCUUUUACACACCGCA